AUGUCUAGUAUUAUUACUACUAAUAUUUCAUAUAAAGUUGUAAAAGAAUUUGAUACAGAGGCUUUGAUUACUUUUUUAAUUAGAAAAAAAAUAGACUUUAAUGAAAAUGAAAUUCAAAUUUUUCAUGAUCAAGGGAUUAAUGGUGAUAGCUUUCUUAUGUUAAAUGAAAAAAAGCUUAAAGAAUAUAAAAUUCAAAUAGGACCAAGGGUUAAGCUUAUUAACUUGAUUAAUAAUUUAAAUAAUCAAAAGCAAUCUGCUGAUAUUGAUAGUGGACCACCAAAAAAAUGCUUAAAAUUGAUUAAAGAUUUUGAAGAAAAUGAUGAUGAAGAAAAACCAAUGAAGUGGUUAAAACAAGCAAAAGAUAAUCCAAACAUAGUUAUUAAUGGAAAUUAUAUUCCAGAUGUAUCAGAUUUUGCCAAAUUUAUUACAUCAGGCAUAUUUGUAGAUAAAUCACUUUUUAUUAUGGAGUUCAUGAUUUAUGGUGAACAGGCCAAUCUGAUUACACGUCCUCAUCAAUUUGGUAAAUCUACAAACCUUUCAAUGCUCUAUACCUUUCUUACACCAACAUUUACCGAAGAAGAAAAAAUACAAAGACUUAGUUUAUUUAAAGAUCUCAGAAUUUCUGAAUUCAAUUGGUUCAUUAAAUUAAACUUUGGCAAUUGGCCUGUUAUUUACAUUAGUUUUAAGGAUCUUAAUAUUAAGAGUUGGCAAUUAAUGCUAAAUUCUCUUAAACAAAAAAUGGUAAAACUUUAUGAAAAGCAUCGUUAUAUUCUUGAUGAUAAAAAACUUUCAAAUACUAAUGAAAAAUUUUUUAAAAAGAUCCUUAAUGGAACAACUGAUCAGUCAUAUUUAACUGAUGCACUUUCUUCUCUAGCAGAAUAUCUUUAUAUAUAUUUUAAUAAACGUUCUAUUAUUCUCAUUGAUGAAUAUGACUGGCCAAUGAAAAAUACAGAAAAAAUAAAUUAUGAUGAUGUUAACUUUCUAUUCCAAUCCAUGUACUCAAGUGUAGCAAAGGAUAAUGAAUAUGUGCAUAAAAUUCUAUUUGUUGGGCUUCUUCCAAUAAGCUUUUUGUCUGGACUCAAUAAUGUGGAACAUUUUCCAAUACAUAUAUUACCAUCUAUACAUAAACGUGCUUAUUUUUCAGACUCCUUUGGAUUUACCCAAAAAGAAAUUGAAGCCCUAAUUAGAAAAAGUAUAUUGAAAAAUAUUAAUCUCAGUGAUCUAAGUUCUUAUUACAAUGGAUAUCAAACAAGUAUAGGAACAAAUAUCUAUAACCCAUAUUCAAUGAUAUCAUUUCUAAAAAAUGGUGUUAUUACAAAUUACUGGAUCAACAGUGGUUCAGAAAAAACACUUGUAGGAUAUCUGAAAAAGUGUGACCAAAGUAUUAAAGAAAAGAUUCAGAAACUUUUCUACUCUUUUUAUUCAUCACAAAAUGAUAAAUUAUUUGUUAAAGUGAAACUCAUGUCAUGUCUCCAAUAUGAUAUUUUUAAAAAGAAAGAACUAGAAAUAGAUGCAGUUUUUACUUUGCUUUACUAUAGUGGAUACCUGACUGCAAAAAUGGAUGGUGCCAAUGCUAGACUUAAAGGAGAAGUUGUUGAAUUUUGGAAGAAUACCAAAAUUAAACUUAUGAUUCCAAACAGAGAAGUUGCUGAACAAUGGAGAGAGUGGAUUUAUGAAAUAAUAGGUACAGAUCAAGUAAAGAUGAAUAAAAAUAUAUAUAAUUUAUUAUUCAAAAAGGAUAUAAAGACAUUUUGUAAAGAAUUCCCUGCAAUAUAUAUGGAUAUGGUAUCCUACCAUGACAUCGGUGAUACUACAAGAACUAAGUUGCAUGAGGGCUGGUACCAUGCAUUUGUUCUUGGGUCACUUGCAAUGUAUCAUGGUGAUGACUACCAAGUUGUAUCUAAUCGUGAAGUUGGAUUAGAUCGUGCUGAUAUUCGCAUUAUUUCUACUAAUAAAGAGUAUAAUACCAACAUCACUUUUGAGUUUAAAGUUGCUUUAUCAGAAGAUUGUGAUAUGAUGGAAAGUUGUGCUGAGAAAGGAUUAAAUCAAAUUGAUGAAAAGAACUACCGAGCAAAUACUCCAAGUCAUGUUAAGACAAUAGUUGAGGUUGCCAUAGCAUUUCACAAAAAACAUGCUUUUAUCUCUGCUCAUGUAUUACAACGUAUAGAAAAAGGAUCUUCAAUAUCUUCCAACUGGAAAAUUUCUUUAACAGCUAAAUCAGAGUCUUUUCAGAUGCAGAGAGAUACAGUAAGUAAUUUCUCAAAGAAUAAAAGUGAUGAUGAUAGUGCUACUUCAACAGUUUGUAAAAAUUCACUCAAGAGAUGCAAAGGGAUCACUACCACUAAUAAUCGUUGUAGACGUACAGUAAAAUUUGGUAAUUAUUGUUAUCAACAUAAGAAUCAAAAAAACCUGAGGAGUUAA